AAACAAGAAAAACGGUUUUUUUUUAAGAAGUCGGAAGUGGAAGUUUUCAGUGCGGAGUGAGAUCUGUACGUUCCCAAAGCAUAAUAGCUGAGGUUUGAAGCACCUGCUCUUGUAACCUUUCUCCCUCGACCACUCAAAAGACAGCUCUGCAAGCCAGAAAUGAAAAGCUGGACUUGAAAUAUCAAUGACACUCUGUGGAGCAGUGAAGGAAAUCGAAGAGUUGGCUUCUGUGUUGUGCCUGAGAGCUGUCCAAAGCAGCGUACAAAACCAUUUGUCAACUAAUUUUAAAAAAGUGUCUUGUUUAUUCAUCCGGAAUGUGGACUAUCCUUGUUUGUGGAGUAGACUCCAACUAAUUACACGCCAGCCAACAGCUGAUCCUUCCCCAGAAGGAAGCAUUGCCUAAUAAGGCUCAUAGAUGCCAACACUAAAGACACAAAGUACUAAAGAUGAGCAGCUCAAUCGUCAACUGUCUGAUGUUCUCAAUACAGCCAGUGAUGUACAAAUUUGGGGUGGAACUCUGUGCUUCCCACCUGCAAGUCGGUCUUUGUUCCUGAGCAGUUAUAUGCUGGCUGGAGAACAAUGGAGAAGAAAGUGAUUCGAAUCUGCCCUGUUUCAGAUCCAGGCACAACAUAUUUUCUGCAAAUAGCUUGGCAAAAAGAUUUGAGCACUGGCUUUGAUGUUAUCCUCAGUGAUGGUCAAUCAGCUUGGACUGGGAGAGUGUCUGAAGAAGAGAUUUCCAAGGAGGCUGCUGACAUGGAAAUGGAGCAAGAGAAAUAUAUUGAAGAGCUUAAAAAAGUAUUGUUGUUUGAAAGCGAACUGGCGGACAAUUACAAUUUUGAUAUUUCUGAUGGAGGAGUAAAUGGAGAGUGCCUUAAAUUUUCCUAUGAAAAGAAUCUGAAAGAUGUUUAUUUUAGACUUGGAUCAUUGAUGGUACAAAAAGUCUCAGGUCCAGCUGAAGUCAUUAGAGACCUGAUUAGCUAUUGUUUAGACUGCAUAAUAGAACUGCAUGCCAAAAAUGAGCACCUACAAAAAGAGAAUGAAAGACUUCUAAGUGAUCUGGAUGAUGUGCAAGAGCAGUUACAAAAAUGUGUUGAAGCUAAAGAAGAAAUGGAGACUGAGCUUUAUAAAAGAUUUAUCUUGGUCCUCAAUGAAAAGAAAGCUAAGAUAAGAAGCUUACAUAAAUGUUUGAAAGAAGCUGAAGACGCUGUAGUGGAAACCACACAAGCAAGAGACACCAUGGCUAAAUCUGAAAGUAAAGCUGAAAGAGAAGAUUAUGAAGGAAGCACUGAUGACGACAGUGAAAAUUUGACACAGCCCUCCACAUCAGCCCCAGCUAACCCCAGAAGAGACUCGUUACUUAGCAGUCCAGAUAUUAUUGACGUUGCACCAAGUAGAAAGAGAAGACAACGGACACGAAAAGUUGAAAGUACGGAACCAAAAGUUGCAUUGUAUGAUUCCCAAAUGGCGACAAAGGACAACCCUCUGCACCCAGAAAGGAUUAGGAGAAUUGUGACCCCCCCCAAGGGUUGGGGGACCCUCCAGAACAGCACAGGAACAGCACAGGAGUCUACAGCAGGAAGGGGGAAUCGGAUGACUGUACCUCCUCUCCUCUUAUGAUGCCUCAACUGGAUCAAAAACCAUUCCACGCGAAGGAUGGCAGCACUGGAUCUCACCCUGAGUUUUCAAACCAGAAAGAAGUGUCUUCAGCCUCAGAGCUAAGCAUGUGCUUAAGCCAUGUUGAUCGAUCAGAGCACUGAUGGGGGGAAAUGUAAUGAGAAGAAACAGUGUUUUGUGAUGAACAGCAUACCUUAAUAACUUUUCAACACAUCUAGUUUUUAAAAGCGUUGUUUGAAAAUGUAUGGCAACAUGCCAAAAAUGAAACUGAUUUUAUUGUUAUGUAUAGUAUAGCAAAAUUGAGAAAUAUGUUGAAGUUUGCUAAGAUCACCUGCACAAGUUGCUUGCCACAGACUCACCAUGAUCCUUAGCUGGGUGUACUGCCAGCAGAAAAAUUACUCAAACCAUCCUUGGGUCCACUGAGUCAAGGCUAAUCCUUGGACAUUUAUGUCUCUCUUGCACUAGUGUAGUGGGUAGAGCAGAAAAAGACCAGGAGUGACCGGAAGGUUUUUCCUUGAUGGGUUGUUAAGGGCUUGUUACAUUUCCUCCUUAACAGCUGAUAACCCGACAUAUGUUCCUACCUUGUUUUCAUGGUCCUAGGUAGAGGAUAAAAAGGUUUAUAAGUGCAGCUAUUUACUAAAGUCUGCUGAUGUCAUUUCUGAGCAGAUUGCUUCAAUACACAAACAAUAAAGCAAGUGUAUAACGGUGCAUUAAUGUUCAGUUGUUGGCUUUUGUCUCCCUGUAAAGCCUGUUCAUUUCAAAUAAUUUGCUAGUGUUUUUUCAUGUACUAAAGGGUAGAAUGCACCAAGGUGGGGGGAAUUAUUACAUUUUGUCCCCCUCCAAUUUAUACUGUCUGAAUGGUAGCAAUUUUUGAAAGUAUUUCAAUAUGUUCUUUGAUAUUCAAAUUGAUCUUUACAUCAUAUGUUAUUAGAGACACUGCUGCCACUUCUGUACCUAAAGGUUUAUUAGCACAUUGGAACUCAUUUUCCAAAUGUAUUAUUAUUGGCUGUGAAAACGCUCUUUGUACUAGGUCCCAGCACGUGGUGUAUUUGACCGAGGAGCAAAUCUUUCUUGAAAGAAUGCUGAUGG